UAUUUCUAAGGGUGAGUCCGCGGUCACACUGAUCAGCUGUUUCUUGCACAACAUUUGCGGCGUUUUGCCCGUUUUUCCCCAAAAAAAGAAGAAAACAUAAAAUUAGUGACACAAAAUGCGCCUCACCAAUGUUCUGUUCAAGAAGGUGAAGAGCAAACGGAUCAUGGUCGUGCUGGAGAGCGUGGUCAGCGGACAUCAGUACAAUGCGUUCCGCGAACGCCUGGCCGAGAAGAUCGAGAUGAUACGCUUCGAUCCAUACAUUCAACAGGAGAGCCUCUACCGCGAGCGCAAGAAAAUUCGCAGCGCCUGAACAGGCUGGAUGGAUACAGAUCCAUAAUCUACAGAACAAAUAAAUGUUACGCUACACAAACACACACACAGAAACGAAUGUUGCAUUUCUUUCUUGGAG